AUGGCUGCAUCGUCUAAAAAUUGGCAAAGUUUAUUGAAAAUAAAACCGACUGAUAUUCGUUUGGAUAAUGACGUAGAAGACGAUCCGAAUGAUAAACUUAGCGAUCUAUAUACGAGUCUCAAUCCAGAUGAACUUGAUAAUAUUGAUGAUUUACGACAUGCAUUAAGACUUGGUCAACGAUUUACUGAAUGUUUUCGAACACAAAAGGAUGAUUGUUGGCAGAAUCUAGUAGCAGUUGCACAAGAGAAUGAAAAAUUAAAAAAGACGCGGUUGGAAACUGCUAAAAAUGCAAAUACAGAUUUCAAGGAUGAUCUGGCUAAUCUUGAACAUGAAAUAAAUAUUCUUCGAAAAGAAGCAGAAACUUAUAAAAGAGAAUAUGACAAUGCAUCAGGCGAUCUAGGACACGUUCGUGAUGAACUUUUAAGAAAUGUAGCCAAAGUUCGACAAUUAGAAAAUGAGAGAGAUGAUUAUAAAAAAAGAGCGGAAGAAGCACAAAAACGUGUAACAGAGUUAUUUGGUACAACUCGACUAAAAACUGAUGAUAGUGAACGAACAUCACGUGUACGUGCUUUGGAAAAAGAGCUUAAUGAUGCUUUGGAUGAAAAUAAUAAUUAUUUUGAAGAAAAUCAAAAAUUAAGUAAAAAAUUAGUUGAUCUUGAACGAGAUAAAACAGAAAUUGAUCAUCAUAUUAAUGAAUUAUCAAAAGAAUAUUCAAGAACUAAAGAACUUCUCAAUGAAAAAGAUCAAGAAAAUCUUGCUUUAAAACAAAGUAUUAAUUUAUUGGAAAACCAAAAAGCAAUGGGUCCUGGUGAGGAUGAUGAUGAUGUUGUUAUGAAAGCCGUCGAAGAUCGUGUUAAACAAUGGAAAGAUGUUUUUAAAGCAAAAGAUGAUGAAAUUGAUGAUCUUAAACGAAAAGUAAUAAGUCUACAUGAUAAAUUACAAAUGUAUUCAAUAGAAGAUCAAAAAGCUGAUGUUACUACUUUGAAUAAAGCACUUGCUGAAAAAGAUCAACAAAUAUUAAUGUUGAAAAAAAAAGUCGAAGAAGCAACCAAUGAUUUAAUUAAACAAACCGAUGCUCUUGAUAGAAUGCGAAAUGAUUAUACAGCAUCAAAUGAUCCAACAUCCAUAGCAAAUCGUUCACAGGCACUUGAAACAAAUCGUUUAAAAAGACAAGUAAAUGAUUAUGAAAAAGAAUUAGCAGACCGUGAUAUUCGUUUACAUGAUCUUGAUAAACAAUUAAGAGGGUUUUUGGAUAACAAUUAUGAAUUACGAGAUGCUGUACAAGAAAUACGUCAAUUAAAAGAACAUUUAAAAUUAAAAGAUCGACAAAUAGAAGAUUUAGCACAAUAUGCAUCACGAAACGAACUUACUGUUAAUGAAGUAACGGAUGAAAAUGAAGAAUUACGAGCAAAAUUAGGUAUGGAUCCUCGAACGCCAAUGACUGUUGAACAACUUAAAACAGCAAGAAUGACACGUACUGAAGCAAAUCAGGCUGUUGUACAAGUUUUACAAAAAGAAAUUGAACGUCUUGAAGAAGAACGACUAAAAUUAAAACAAAAUUGUCGUCAAUUAGCGCGUCAAGCAGGUGUACGAGCAGCUGAAUUAGGUCUUGCUGGUGAUACUGUAUGGAUUGACGAUAACGGUAUACCCCGACCAAGUGGUACAAAUGCUGAUGAAGCUAUUCGUAUAGCACGUAAUGAUUACGAUCAACAAUUAAAAGCUUCUGAUGCCAAUAUUGAUCAACUUCAUCGUGAACUUAUUGAAAAAACCAAUGAAAAUCGUUCAUUAAUUAACGAAAUUCGUGGUCUUGAACAAGGUUUAAGAGAAAUUGAUGAACAAUUAAAACAAAAACGGUUUCAACGAACAGCAAGUGGUGAUCAAUCAUCGCCUUAUAUUAUUCAAUGUCCAUCAUUAGAUAAAAUGCUUGAAGUUCUCCAAACUCAAUCGCUUACUGGUCGAUACGAUGAUGUAAUGAUGCUUAAAAGUGAAAAUGAUAAAUUAGUUGGUCGUAAUGCUGAAUUACGUGAUGAACUAUAUAAUGCUAGACAUGAAAAAACAAAAUCUGAUGUUAAUCUUAAAUUAGCUCUUGAACAAAAUGAAAAAUUUCAACGUGAUUUAAAAUUAUUUGAAGAAGCUGGUGCUGUUCCACUUGCAUUUCAAUCAAUGAAAUUACCUGAUGGUUUAUCACCAUCAAGUCGAGAUAUUAUUUCAUCACUUAAUGAAUAUCUUGUUGAUGCAUUAGCUGAAGUAACAGCCCAACGUGAAAUGAAUAAACAACUUGAAGAAGGACUUGAUAAAUAUCGACGAAAAUUAAAUGUUAUUAAACAUCAAACAGGUUUACUUUAUAAAGAUUUUCAUGAAAAACAACUACAAUGGACAAAUGAACGUGAACAAACAAAUGACGCAAAACGUGAUUUACAAACUGAAAUUGAAAAAAAUCUUGUUAAACUUCAAGAAUUUGAUCGUCUUCUUAAUACAUUAGAACAAGACGAUGCUGAAGUUCGUCGUCGUAUUGCAGAAGUAACAAGAAAAAUAACUGUUUUACGUGUUAAUGAAAAAGUAGCAGGUAGAAAAAUUCUUUCCUAUCAAGAUAUUGAAACAAAAUUAAGAAAGGACAAUACAAAAUUACGUACGGAAGUUAUUGAUAUGGAAGUUGCCGUUCAAACACGUUUAAAUUAUUUACAACGUUUUAAAGAUACAGCAGCUUACCGUUAUGCUACGACAAUGCUUCGAACCAGUACUACUGGUUCACUUGAUGAUGACAAUCCUGGAAGUCUUUCACGUAAAAUAACUGUUCUUGAAAUGAAAGAACUUAAUGAACGACAACGUGCUGAAUAUGCACAAAAACUUUAUGAUCAACAACGUGUAACACUUCGACAAAUGGAAGAUCGAAAUCUUGAAUUAGAACACAAAUUUAGUGAAUUAACUCGAAUGAAUCUCGAAAUGCAACGAGCUGAACGUGAAUUACGUGAUGAACUUGCACAUAGUGUACCACGAACAGUAUCCGAUGCUGACAAACGACGUAUAUCUGAACUGGAAGGUUCUGAAAUUCAAGCUAAACAAGAAAUAGGACGUUUACGCGAAAUAUCUGAAGUAGCAACUUAUCAAGUUGGAGCUAUUAAUGAUAUGAAAGUAUUAGAUGAAAAAGAAUUUCAAUCAUUACGUCUUCAAUUACUUGAUUUACAAUCAAAAUCAGAUGAUAAAAGCGAAAUUGGUAAACUUCAUCGUCAUAUUCUUGCUUUACAAAUAAGUGAAGCAACUGCUAAACGAAAACAAUUACAAGCAGAUAAUGAUUUAGCUAAACAAAAAGCAUUACUUCUUCGAGCUGAACAAAAAUUAGAUGAAAAAGAACAAAGUCUAUUUUUUAUUCGUCAAGAAUAUACACAACGUAUACGAUAUUUAAGAACAGCUUUACAAGAUUAUCGCCAUAAAUAUGCAGGUGCAUUACCAUUACGUGUACAAGAAUCAUAUGCUAAAACAAUGAUUGAUUUACGUAAUGGUAAAAAACAAUUAGAUCUUGAUAUGAAAAAAUUAGCCGAUCAAAAAUUUGAUCUUGAAACACAAAUAGCAUCAUAUGAAUUUAAACAUAAAUCACUUGAAGAACUUUUAGCUACACUUAAAGAUGGACAAAGUAAUGCACGUGUACAAAAAAUGAUUGAAUGGCAACAAAAACUAGAGAAAGUUAAAUUAAAUGAAUUAAGACAUAUUCGACUCAAUAAACGUUUGGAAACCGAUGUAAGUUUUGUACAGGGGAGCUAG